AGCCUAGUCUGACACGCGAGAGGUUGGAUGCUUCGCGAUGGCUGGAAGGAUGGAGCUGGCCCAAUGCAGCCCAUCCAGAUCCUGCAGCCAGACUCGGAUGGAUAUCUAGCGACUGCGCUGGAGCGCCUCCUUGACAGGCUUUUGCCCAUAGCGUUGGAGUGUGGAGAUGUUCAUUCCAGACCGCGAUCCAGACAGCGGUUCAAGGCAGUUGUGCGAAAAGUCAUCCAAGCCCGGCAAAGAGUCGCGUGCCUUCGUGGGGUGGUCAAUACCUUGCUGGCACCGCGAAUCCGGGAUAUGGACGCGCAGCUUGAGGAGAUUGCAACCAGCAAGAAGUUGCGCCAAGAGAAUGUGAAACGCUUCCUGGAAAACUAUCGGCAGCCCCAGCUCUCAAGAGAGGUGCCUGUUGGUCAAGUGACGGAAGACAUGACCACCAAGCCGCUGCUGGAGACGCAGUGUCGUUUCUGGCAGGUGGCUGACAAAGCCGCUGGCAAGGUGCCAGAAUGCAGGGGUGAACCACGGCAGAGUGACAGCAAGCAGUCGUGGAUUGCGCGGGGGGCACGCGAGCGUCGGCCACAGCGCUGGGGCUUAGCGGAGAGGCUUCGGCGGCCGGAGCCAGCGGUCUCCCAGUGGGACGUGAUGUCGUCCGGGCUGAAGCAUUUCUCCGCAGCUCAAAAGGUGCAGAAGGUGGAGCUGGGAUUGACAAAGUCGACGUCGCUGCCUUCGCUGCACUCCAAGCACGGAGGCUUCGGGAAAGUGGAUGAGACCUGCGAGACCUGCGAUGAGGCUCCUAUGGCAACCACCUUUACUGACUCCUGGAAGGCCAAGCAGAAGUCGGGUGGUUCCAUGUCGCGGUACAUGACCGCCUGCGAGCGGGGGAACAUUCUCCCAAAGCCUUUGGACUUCAUCGCCUCUGGCUCCGCCAGCCUAAAUGCCGCCAACUGGGGCCUGGCAGAUAGCGACCUCAUCCCGGUGGUCACGAUGUUCCGGUCCGCGUCCUUUGUGCAGGAGGUGGACCUCAGCGCCAACACGCUGCUCACAGACAAGAGUCUGGUGCCGUUGCUGCAGAAGAUGAUGAGGAACGCCGCGUGCCAAGGCAUGGCGCGGCUGAAGUUGCGGCAGUGCUGGCGCCUGGGGGCGCCGGCAGUGGAGGCGGUGAUCGGGCUGCUGAGCAGCUGCUGGGGGCUCACUGGGCUCAAGCUGCUGGACUUCAGCGGCGUCCUCAUCCCCGUCCGCCUGCAGCUGGACUUUUGCGAGGCGAUAGGAGAGCACCCAAACCUUACCAGCGUCAAGCUGGCAGACACGGGCCUGGGAAGCAAUCCUGCCGCCCGCAGCUGUUUGGAGGCACUGUUCCGCUGCAACACUCUGACAGCCCUGGAUCUCAGCUGGAAUGCCUUCAAGGACGAGGUCUUUGUCGCUAUAGGUUCGUUCGUGGCAGCGUCCCACGUACAUCUCCAGUCCCUGGCAAUGUCAAACUGCUCCUCCGCAAAUCUCAGCCUGUCCAGCGAGCAAGUGCAGCCUGCCAACUUGAUGCUUGAGCGACUGGGGCAAGCCCAGCGCUUGAGUUACCUGGACGUGUCCAUGAAUCGCCUGGAUCUUUCAGGAGCGCUGGUGCUGGAGGAUGCAUUGGGACGGCACCCCACUCUCACUGAGCUGGAUGUGUCCCGCAACUCUUUCAGUAAGUUGGGUGCUCACUCUCUGCUGAGGCUCUUUGCGUCCUCACGCCUGGAACGCCUGCACUGUGCGGAGAGCUUUGACAUGGGCACCAGUGGGCGCUUUUUCCAGCUCUGCAACCCAGAGGGCGAGUACUCGCUGAACUUGUCCCUGCCGCACCACCGCAGCAUUUUGCGCAUGCUUCUGAAGCUCUGCAAGAGGCUCCGCCUCACCGUGAAGCAGGCCUUCAUUGACAUGCAGCCUCUCCUGACCUUGCCGGACCAGGAGGAGGAUGGCGUCUUCCGUGUGCCGAGCUCUGGAAGAGUCAGCUUCACCUUCAGCAGCACCAGAGCUGCUGGGCCAGACGUCUACGAGGAGCCAGCACGACUCGAUGCAGCGCUGCAAGACCGGCUGGAGCUGUGCAGAGUGCAACUGCGCGUGGACAAGGCGGUGUUGAUGAUCCCAAUUUUCGAAUCACUCCAGGACAAGCUUCCACUGAUUGACGCACUGGCAAAGAACUUCAUCCUCAGCUAUGCGCAUGUGGAGAUGUUGUGCAGUCUGGGCAAAUCAAUGCUUGCCCCCACAGUGAUCCUCAGGCUGCUCCACACGACGGCAGCUUCGAAACUUUGCCGCUACAUGUGCCUCUUGCUGGCCGGUUCCAAGGCGCAGUACAUUCAGAUUCAGAAGCGUGCGAGGCUAUCCUUGACCUUCACCCCGAGCAAUCCUUCGAUGCACUACCUGCUGAUCUUGUCCGAAGCUUGUGACUUCCACCUCGCUGAGAGCAUCCGCAUCCUGGACCGAUGGGAAUCCAACUGCGCCACCCGCUGUGGGCUUGUGGACAACUCCCAGAGCGGGAAUCAGUCACAGGUCCGCAAUGAGCUCUACGAGGGUCGCAAGCCUUGCUUCAGGUCUCUGGGCGACUGGGAGCUGCCCCUGCCGCGGCCUCCGUUCCAGCGAGUCGGCUUCGGCGCGAAAGCCCCGAGGCAGGGGCGACUGGAGUUCGACUUCGCGGGAGGUCCGCGACCACGUCCAGGCACAGAACCAGCACCUGCCGGUUCCUUCAAUAAACUCUUCGAGGUAGUGCUUCACUCCGGUUGCAAACCGAAGCAGCAGCUCCAAGCGCUCCGCGCAGUGUCCCCCUACAUCUACGUCUCCUCUUCCCAGUUGCGAGCGCUACUGGGGAGCGUAUGUGUUCCGCAGGACACGAAAGACAAGAAAGACGCCGCAGAGACUGCCAAAGAGGUUCGCCUCCAGCUCUUCCACAUCUUUUACUACCGGCUUACAGACAUAUGGAAUGUCAAAGUCUGCAAGGCACGCUUUUCGAGCGAGGAGUACACAAGCUUAACGACCCGACUGGGCCCUGUGAAGUUUUUGCCCUUCGUCCAGCCAGAGCAGGCGUUGCUCGAGUUGGACUUUGCCAUCCACGACCACAAGCUGGCAGUGAGCAUCUUCGUGAUGCUCUGCCAGAAGGAGGGCGCUCUUUUCCAGGAGCCCAGGUUCAUCCGAGAGGACGGGACGGAGGACAAGCUGGUGACAGGUGUUCCCAGGGCCUGGGCGCGAUACUCCGACUGUCCCAAGGCGGGUUUCUUCCGGGCCAAAUAUGCCGUCGCCCCAGAGAAGCGCAGCGUGAAGACUCGCACGGAGUUCCUGGCCACCUACGGGCGCUGGAGAGCCCCGGCUUUGGCGAAGGAGGACAUAUGUUGGUGGUCACAGCUCUCUGAUGUAAGCCUGGACGUCAUCCGCUUCCUUGAGGUCAUAUGUGAGAAGUAUCCCGACCUGAAGGAGGCGUUCCGGGACAUUGACGGCGAAGGUGGCAACGGCGGAAUCUCCAUUCUCGAGUUCGAGGAAUACUGCGAGAGGGUGGUGGACUCCCGAUUCAGCAAGAAUCGCAGGGAUCGCUUUCGUGCCAUUUUCCGUUUCCUGGAUGCCACGAUGGAAGGAAAUAUCUCCAUGGAGGAGUGGGGACUGCUGGAUACGGUGAAGUGCGAACUGGACAGACAGACGCACGAUCUCCAUGCGUUCCUCCUCCAUCGCUUCAAGGGGGGUCUGGAGCAGGCGUGGGAUGCCUGGGCCACGAGUCGUAUAACGCAGGAGCAGUGGAAACGCCAGUUGGACGAGGCAGGCUAUUUCGGCGCAUCCGCAGAGUUGUUUUCCAUCAUGGAUCAGCCUAAUGCCGGCUCAAUUUCUUAUGAUCAGUUCCGCCGCUUUUUCUCCGGACGCUCAACGCGUGAUGGUUGUGCAAAAAGCUGAGCUGACACUACCCAGAAAUUCAAGCAAGUUUGAAUUCCUGGUUUGCUGUUCGGCUGGGCGCAAAGCCACAGUCUAGGGACAGAGCAGAAUUAGGAGCCUUGCAUCUAGCUGUUCUCGUAUGAGGCAGAUGACAAGUCAAGGCGAGUGGCAAGUUCUUGUUCCAAAGCGCUAGCCUCAGCUGGCGUCCAUUGAAUGGAGGGCUCAAGCUGAUGUGGCACCUGUACAGCCAAAAAGGCCAUCCGAGUGCCUAGCCCGAGAUGCGUUGUGUUGGUGCCUGUG